CUAUAGGUCAGCCACUACAUAAACAGUCUUGUUCAGCUGUCGAAACCCUCACAUCUCUCGUUCUUCUCUCCUCACACUCAACGAGUUUGGAGGCGAGCCGGACGCAGGGGUUUCCAUUUGGAAGACAUAAUGGCUGACAAUCAUCAGCACCCAACCAUUGUUCAGAAGUUAGGUAGCCAGCUGCACAUGGGUUCUAGCCUUUCUCAAGAUGCUCAGAUGCGAUAUGGGAGCUUCCAAAGGCCUGCAGUGCACCAGAGACGUUUUUCAUAUGGGAAUUAUUCUAAUGCAGCUUUGCAGUAUCCCAUGACUCAGACAUGCCGUGAUCUGUCAUUUGUUACUGCAAAUGCUUCACCUGUGUUUGUCCAAGCUCCCGCAGAGAAAGGAUUUGCAGGCUUUGCUAUUGAUUUUCUUAUGGGCGGAGUGUCAGCUGCUGUAUCCAAAACUGCUGCUGCUCCCAUCGAACGUGUGAAGCUUCUUAUCCAAAAUCAAGAUGAGAUGCUUAAGACUGGUCGUCUUUCUGAACCCUACAAGGGAAUUGGAGAGUGUUUCGGACGAACAAUUAAAGAAGAAGGGUUUGGGUCAUUGUGGAGGGGGAACACUGCUAAUGUUAUCCGUUACUUCCCCACUCAGGCCUUGAACUUUGCAUUCAAGGACUACUUUAAGAGGCUGUUCAAUUUCAAGAAAGACCGCGAUGGCUACUGGAAAUGGUUUGCUGGUAACUUGGCAUCUGGUGGUGCUGCUGGUGCUUCUUCCUUACUUUUCGUAUAUUCCUUGGAUUAUGCUCGUACUCGUCUGGCAAAUGAUGCCAAGGCUGCAAAGAAGGGAGGAGAGAGGCAGUUCAAUGGCUUGGUUGACGUCUAUAGGAAGACUCUCAAGUCGGAUGGUGUUGCUGGUCUUUACCGUGGGUUCAACAUUUCAUGUGUCGGCAUCAUUGUCUACCGUGGUUUGUACUUCGGAAUGUACGACUCUCUGAAGCCAGUAAUCUUGACUGGAAAAUUGCAGGAUAGUUUCUUCGCUAGCUUUGCUCUCGGUUGGGUCAUCACAAAUGGUGCUGGCCUUGCCUCCUAUCCAAUUGAUACUGUCCGUAGAAGAAUGAUGAUGACAUCUGGUGAAGCUGUCAAAUACAAGAGUUCACUCGAUGCAUUCUCUCAAAUCCUCAAGAACGAGGGUGCCAAAUCUUUGUUCAAGGGUGCUGGUGCUAACAUCCUCCGAGCAGUUGCUGGUGCUGGUGUGCUAGCCGGUUAUGACAAGCUUCAGGUCAUUGUUUUCGGAAAGAAGUACGGAUCUGGUGGGGGCUAAUUGAGACCAUGGAGAGACUACUCUACUCAGCACUCACCCAAUUUUCCCUUAGAUGUUGAUGAAAAUUAUUUUGGAUUUUCCAUAUUAGAGUUGAUUUAGCACAAUAUCUACUCAUUUGAAUAACUGAGUUUUAGAGGGAGUUCAUCUCCCCAACAUUAUUUCCUUCCUCAGAAGAUUUUUCAUAUCUACAAACAUCAUUGAAAAGGUACAGUUGUGUACCUUGUACCUUAAUAUUUUUGGCAAUCAUAAUUGUUUUUUUUCUAAA